UAUAUAUGAACUACAAUAAUAAACUUCUAGCUCUUGUAGAAAAACAUCGUAUCGUGUCGCUUCUUGUCGUGCAACACAACGAUCUCAUGUUCAGUGUGUAGAAGCCAUGUAACUGAGAAAAAUAAUUCUUUAACUUUGCAUAGCGUGUAUGUACAACAAAAUGUAUGUGUAAUAAAAUGCGUAUAUUUAAAAUUUGACGGAAGGAAAAGAUGCAAGAGAAAAUACAGAGAGUGCAAUGAAUAAUAACAGAUCUUGCUUGAAACUCAACACAGAGGAUGCUCCAGUCGUUCCUCUUGCGUAAAUACGUAGUUGCUAACUCGCUGUGCUCAUAACCUAUGUCGAGCGCGAUAUAUGUGUGCGGUACGAUUUGCCGCUACUGGUUAUAUAUGUCGAGACAGUUGUGUAAAAUUAAAUGUACCAUAAACGACAAGUUAUGUAUGCCUCGUAUGCCGUGUGAACAGUACGCCGGUCUUCGAUUCGACACUCGUGUGCUGAAUAUAACGUAAUAUUCAAGUAAGCAUCAACCGGAACGCAUAUGCGCCGUGGGUCGCAGAAUGAGAUGUGAACGUUUUACAUACUCCGACGCACAUAUUAAAUCUUCAGUGGUGUUCACAGACGGCAAUUUCGAAACGACGGACGAGAUACGGAUCACAGCUCGCUUUACUGAUACUUCCGCUGCACUCGUCUAAUUUCAAGCAUUACGUUGGAUUAUAGUAACAGAAUCCUCACAGAAACACAUUGAAUGGACAAUAACAUAGUUUAUGCAGAGAAUAUAUAUGGGUCAUAUAUCACAUAAUUUAAUACUCCAACAUGAUAUUUGACUUCCUGAAGAAGAUCUUUGGAUGGGCAGAUGAAGGAUCCAGAAAGCGGAAGGCUUCCGAGUCCUGUAGUUUCGAAAGGAGGCAUGUGAUACCGAAGAAACUUAAAACUGAUUGCAGCAUGCCACACUGGAUGGAUGAAUAUUCUGACAUCGAUGAAGAUGAUGACAUAAUAUUUUUGAGCGAGCACAAAUUCUUGCCAAGGAAUUCGUGCACAAAGAUGAAUGGCACCCACAAGAAGGCAGCACAGUCUUACCAGUUUCACGCAGUAAGCUCGAACCCUGUCUACAAACCUGUCUGUUCGUCGUCGUCACUGCAUCGCGAUAACUCCACUAUGUCGCCCUGCUUUGCCAGUCAGAAGCACAAGAUGCAAGAUAUCAGUGGCAAGUGUCACACGCUAGUCAGGACUAAUCAAUUGAAGGAGAGAUAUCAAUACGAGGAGCUGCUGCAAAACUUUCUUCCAAGUAGGAUACAGAUAUUGAAAGAUAAAUGCGUGGAGCACACUCCGGUGCAGAAUGUUAUCGAGGUGGUCGAAUUGGACGACAACGUGGAAGAUCCUCCGGCCGAGAAGACGCGGCAGAUCACCGCAAGGACAGCCGGCGAGAUGGCGUCACGUUGGCGCAAGAGUAUAUUAAACAACACUAGAGCAGACAAAGGGAGAGCUUCUACUUCCGAUCACAGAGAGAAGAAUGACGAGAUUGCAUCGGCGAGGACGUAUCAGCAGUCCAACAAAACAGCCAGCAGAAGUGAGAGUGCCGACGCAAGCAGACUGAAGUCGAUAUCUUCGCCGCCAGUCAAGCCCGUUGCGACCAACUCGUUGCGUGACGAACUCGCGGCAAAAGCCGUCAUGAGGCAGGACUUCAUCCCUGAGGUCGCCAAGAGGUAUAACGAGCGGAUCGAGCAGCGGUACAGAGAAGCCGAGGAGCUGAAGAGGAUGACCUGCGUCCUGUCGAAGCACAAUCGGUACGCGAGGGAGGCGGCCCUGGAGGAACAACUGGCGCGCUCCAUGAAACUCUGCAUGGCCGUCUUAGACGAGAGAGAGGAGCCGGAUGAGCCACCGUUGCCGAAGCUAACUGAUGAGAUGCAGCGCGAAAUAAAGAACGCCUUGGUGCCGUGUCCACAGGGCGAGGUGCUCGUGGACGGUUUCGGUCUGAGGAUCACGCGGAAGGAUAUCCAUACCUUGGUCGGGCUGAACUGGCUGAACGACGAAGUGAUCAACUUCUACAUGAAUUUGCUGAUCACUCGCGGCACCACCGGCAAGUAUCCGAAGGUGCACGCGAUGAACACCUUCUUCUAUCCUAAGUUGCUGUCGGGCGGUCACUCGUCUCUGAAGCGAUGGACACGGAAGGUAGACGUAUUCGCGCAGGACCUCAUAGUCGUGCCCGUGCACCUGGAUAUUCACUGGUGCAUGUCGAUAAUAGAUUUCCGGGAAAAGUCUAUUCUCUAUUACGACAGCAUGGGCGGCAGUAAUCCGAAGUGUCUCGCGGCGUUGAAGCAGUAUCUGCAGGACGAGAGUUUGGACAAGAAGAAGAAAACGUACGACAUGAGCGACUGGAAGUUGCAGUCGGUAAAAGACAUUCCACAGCAGAUGAACGGCAGCGAUUGCGGGGUGUUCUCCUGCAUGUUCGCCGAGUACGUCUGCGCGAACAAGAAGAUAACGUUCACGCAGCAAGACAUGCCGUACUUUAGGAACAAAAUGGUUUACGAGAUACUGAAGUCGAAACUCUUGUAAACGGCUGGCUUAUCAUGGUUUUCGCGCAAGUUAGAAGAAAUAACGGACAGUGGUGCAAAACCGCAAAUUAAUCAUAAAUAUGAGUUUGAUUUUAAGGAAUCUUAAGGAAUCCUACGAAAGAUGAAGAAUAUCUGUCUGCUACAAAAGUAACGAUGUAUUAUUAUUGUUUUCCGAAGGAGAGAAGGGGGAAAAAGAGAAGGAUUAUACAUUGUAACAAGCUUCCUCUGAUUAAAUAUACUUCGUUGGAUGUCAAAGUGGAACUGUACUCUCAUCUUAAAACACAAAGGAACAGAAGAUGUGUCCUUGUCUUGUGUAACGAUUAACACUGUUGUUUCAGAAUAAACUUCAACAAAUUAACGUAGAUAUAUGUGUGCUAUAUAUAAAUGUAAAACGUUUUCCAAGUAUACAGAAAGGACAGUGUGAUCCGUAAAAUGCGUUUUACGUUUAGUAAAUAUAUUGACUGUCACUAUUAGUUCGACCUAUGUAUUUUUUACUGCUUCUGGAGUUUAGUAUUAGAAUUAAUUUUGAUGUAAGAGCUUAGAGUUACAAUUCAUCAUUCACAAUUGUUGGUAUUUUAUUUACAAUUACACCUUUAGAAGCAAUAUUGAACAAUUGAAAAUAAACAAUGCUGUCAAGAACAGCAAAAACAUUA